AUGUGUUCAAGUGACAGAAACGUAGCUCUCAAACCAAAGAGCCUGUGCAAACGCAUGCCAUGGAUGAUGCGAUUGGAAGAUCAAUUUAUCCCUGACAACCAACUUGGCGCAGCUUAUCAGAAAACACGUAUAGACCAUGAAAUGCUUUUGAAUGUGAACAGUGAUCCAAAGAUCGCCAGACUAACAGGAAUAAUGGUAACUCUAGGAGAGAAAAAUUCCCAUCCAAUGGGAAUAACUGAUAUUGUUUUGUCGGGGGCUGACAUGGUGAGAAUGAACAUGUCGCACAAAGAACAUACGUGGCAUGCUGUAAGUGUACAAUCUAUCAGAGAAGCUGGAAACAGAAUUCAUCGGUGUCGUCGUGAAGUAUUUCCCUUAGCUGUUGCAAUGGAUUUACGUGGACCUGAAAUACGUACAGGGCUUUUUAAUGGAGCGGAAGACUCGAUGGUGAAGAUUUGUAUAUUAUUGGAUAUUUUCAAAGUGCCCCUAGUGCAUAAAGAGUAA